GGUGGAAAGGGCAAACGUAACCAUGUCCUCCGAGCGUGUGUACACACGGGAGGAUGUGGAGAGGAUGACGGAGGUACUGAACAAGGCCAGGAAGGAGUACUUUGCCAUGUCGCUGAGGGAGAAGACCGGCGGAGUGGUGAAAAGGGAAAGCGGAAGAAAAUCGUGAAGAAGCUCGAACGGAUCGCCAUGCAGGUGAAGGACGAGUUGUUCAAGGUGUCGGAAGCUAUUGGUGCUGGCCGAGCUGUUCGGGACGUGGUUGAGGCUUGGAUCUCGAUGGGUCGGACUGCGGUGGUGGUGCUCCGGGAUACGCUGGAGGGGGAGGGCGGAGAGGCCGGAGUGGCGAGGAGGGAGUGGUGGUGGGCAGCAAGGAAUUGUGCUGCGCUGCUGAAGCGUGUGGAUGACUACGCUGGGGCGAAGGAGAUGGUCUGCAGUGCAGUGGAGGCGCCCAAUGUCCCGGACAUGGCUACUGCUGCUCUUCUGGAAAUCUUGGCGGGUGUGUACCAGGCUCAGGACAAGCUGGAUGAGGCUGAGGCGACAUACAAGUGGGCGCUGGACAUCAGGCAGGCCAAGCUGGGACCGGAUGCACUGGACGUGGCGGCCACGCUUAACAACCUGGCGGGUGUGUACAAGGCACAGGACAAGCUGGAUGAGGCUGAGGCGACGUACAUGCGGGCGCUGGACAUCACGCAGGCCAAGCUGGGACCGGAUGCACUGGACGUGGCGACCACGCUCAACAACCUGGCGGGUGUGUACCAGGCGCAGGACAAGCUGGAUGAGGCUGAGGCGACGUACAUGCGGGCGCUGGACAUCUGGCAGGCCAAGCUGGUACCGGAUGCACUGUACGUGGCGGGUACGCUCAACAACCUGGCGGGUGUGUACAAGGCACAGGACAAGCUGGAUGAGGCCGAGGCGACGUACAUGCGGGCGCUGGACAUCAGGCAGGCCAAGCUGGGACCGGAUACACUGGACGUGGAGGGUACGCUCAACAACCUGGCGGGUGUGUACAAGGCGCAGGACAAGCUGGAUGAGGCCGAGGCGACGUACAUGCGGGCGCUGGACAUCACGCAGGCCAAGCUGGGACCGGAUGCACUGGACGUGGCGACCACGCUCAACAACCUGGCGGGUGUGUACGAGGCGCAGGACAAGCUGGAUGAGGCUGAGGCGACGUACAUGCGGGCGCUGGACAUCACGCAGGCCAAGCUGGGACCGGAUGCACUGUACGUGGCAACCACGCUCAACAACCUGGCGGGUGUGUACGAGGCGCAGGACAAGCUGGAUGAGGCUGAGGCGACGUACAUGCGGGCGCUGGACAUCAGGCAGGCCAAGCUGGGACCGGAUGCACUGUACGUGGCGGCCACGCUCAACAACCUGGCGGGUGUGUACAAGGCGCAGGACAAGCUGGAUGAGGCCGAGGCGACGUACAUGCGGGCGCUGGACAUCAGGCAGGCCAAGCUGGGACCGGAUGCACUGUACGUGGCGGGUACGCUCAACAACCUGGCGGGUGUGUACCAGGCGCAGGACAAGCUGGAUGAGGCUGAGGCGACGUACAUGCGGGCGCUGGACAUCAGGCAGGCCAAGCUGGGACCGGAUGCACUGGACGUGUCGACCACGCUCAACAACCUGGCGGGUGACAAGCUGGAUGAGGCUGAGGCGACGUACAUGCGGGCGCUGGACAUCAGGCAGGCCAAGCUGGGACCGGAUGCACUGGACGUGGCGACCACGCUCAACAACCUGGCGGGUGUGUACCAGGCGCAGGACAAGCUGGAUGAGGCUGAGGCGACGUACAUGCGGGCGCUGGACAUCAGGCAGGCCAAGCUGGGACCGGAUGCACUGUACGUGGCGGGUACGCUCAACAACCUGGCGGGCGUGUACAAGGCGCAGGACAAGCUGGAUGAGGCCGAGGCGACGUACAUGCGGGCGCUGGACAUCACGCAGGCCAAGCUGGGACCGGAUGCACUGUACGUGGCGGGUACGCUCAACAACCUGGCGGGUGUGUACAAGGCGCAGGACAAGCUGGAUGAGGCUGAGGCGACGUACAUGCGGGCGCUGGACAUCACGCAGGCCAAGCUGGGACCGGAUGCACUGUACGUGGCGGCCACGCUCAACAACCUGGCGGGUGUGUACAAGGCGCAGGACAAGCUGGAUGAGGCCGAGGCGACGUACAUGCGGGCGCUGGACAUUCAUAUGUCGUUAUCGCGCGGUAGCUUUUCCACAAGCUUCUUCCUUGCCCGUCUUCUGCACCUUGCUCUUCCCUCCUGCAACAGCAACCUCCACACUACCCGAGGUUAUGCCCUUACCUUUCUUGACAUCAACAUCAACCUUCUUGCCACUCACGGCCGCGACCUUGCCACCUUUGACGCCAUCGCCUUUGCACAAACCUGCGCUCUGAUCGCCACUCACUUUGCUUGCGACCCCGACGUCAUGGCGAAGCUCUGUGAAGCCAUUUCUGUUCUCUCCUCUGUCGAUGCGCUCCUGCCGUCAGCCAUCCACAUGCUUAACGCCAUGCUCCCGGCCACAGACGACGACGCGGAAAUCCACGCUUCGCUCGCCGCCUGCCACCGCCGUCUCACGCCGCCCAACUGGAUUCACGCCCUUGCUCACGCUGCAGCCGCUGCCGACGACAGACUCUUCCAAACCUUGCUUGACGACUAUGUUGAUACAUACUGGAUGGUUGACGACGAUUUGCUGGCACAGUUUCACCAUGCAGUCGCCACCUACCAUACUCACAUCAUCGGCACGCUCGUCUCUGAUCACAAUACCUGGAACUCGCCUUCACUCGCCGUCUCUGAGUUUGCUCGCAACCGCAUUCUCAACACCUUUGUCCGGCUCAACUCGAUCCACGACCAGAUGUUCUCCCGCUGCAUUGCUGCUGCCACCGAUGGCCACACUUCUGAGGCUUACUUUCCGGCCGACAAGGGUUCUCGCCUGGCACUCGCUGAGUCACUCAGAUUGGCGGUGCACAUUCCUACUCUCAGGGCCAGUGACUUUGAUGGUGCCGGCUGGGCUUGCGAUCUCCUCGCCGAGCUGGUUGAUUCGACCGAGUCGGUCAAGGCUGGACCACAGAGUAUGACCUCGAUGGGCGAUGUCACCAGCUGGCUUUCGACCACGAGUCCCGACACAGACCCAAGUUGUGCGGGGCGCUUGUUUGGUACACUCAAGAAGCUGGCGCGGACUGUUCUACCCCGAGACGAGAUCCCAGUCGACGUCUGCGUUGUUGACGCAUUAAUUGAUGACGGCUACCUCGCUGUUGCUCUUGGCCGGCAUUUCACCGCCACGCGGAAAGCUCGUCUGGUUGAUCGAGACGGGUUUGGCGCAAGACUCGCUACAGCUGUCGACGCUGCAUUGGACAAUCGUGCAGGAGACAUUGCACCGUCCACUGUCCUCGCGCCGGCGUUUCUGGCGGAGCUAGAGAGCCUUGACUGGGUCAAGUCUGACAACAAUCAGUUCAAGCUGAAGGUGCCCGCCUCGGUCAUCAGUGAUGCGGCGCUCGACUUCCUUCCGCCACACGUUGCUGCUGUUGCUGCUGAGUGGAUUCGCCUUCACGCCACGACGCGGGCAGCUCGUCCGACGUAUUCUGCGUCCUCCAACAACGGCGUGUCUGGGCGUCAGAUGCUGGAGCUCCUGCGCGCACGCGCUGAUGCGAUAGAGGAUCCCUGUGAUGGGUCGGGUGUGUUCCUCGCUGCUCGCGCACCAGGUGCGCCGUCACCGUACGAUGCUGCAACGUUUGGCGACCAGGGGGCGGCGUACCUUGACAAGAUCACAGCUCCGACGUUUGACUCUGCUGCGCCGGACGCGUUUCGUGCACUGGUGGACGCGAUGGACUUUUCCCACUAUCGCAAGCCUGAUGGCAGCUCGACCGACUCGGCCGAGUGGGAGACGGCUUGGGCCGGCUCGACCAUCUGGAUCGCCAACGACGCCAAGCAUGUCCGGCUGACGCCAACGAGCAAGUCAAGUCGGCUGACUCGGAAGGUGGGCGCGCUAAUUAUGGCGGGCGCUUCGGUCGAGAUUGACAUGGUGGCGCGGCGGUCAGUGUAUUUUUGGACAUUCGCGGUGCUGCUGCGCGACGACGGGUUUGUGGGCAAUGCUGUGGAGCUCUCCGGUCAGAUCUACGGCGCGCUCCUCAGUUCUGGGCACAUUGACAAGCGCCGUAUUGUGGAGCCUGCAGCUGUCCAAUACCGGAAGCACGUGGCCAACAUCAACCCUGAGGCUGCCGCGGCAUCUGCCCAACAGUAUCGCGCGUCGCUUGAGACAAUGCUGCAAAGCAGGGCAGCUGCAGCUGUACCGCAUGUCAAUGUUCUUACUGAUUUCCUGCUGCGCAAGGUCCUACAGGAGUCACACGUGCGGCUAGACCCGGAUGCACGUGAGGACGCGCUGGAUCUUCUGCGCCGCGCGUUUGGGGGAACAACGACGCUACUCACAACGUUUGGGUGGGCACAGGCCGACAUUGGUGGCGCAGACAGUGUCACCCGCAAGGCCGAGCUGCGUGCGGCGGCCGAGGCAGCUGCACGGCACGACCUGCGUCUGGUGCUCCCGGUGGCAUCUGAUAUCCAACCUGAGCUCCAGAGCGGCUCGAUGCGGGAGUGGCUAGCUUGGGCAUGCAAGGCAUGGCGCUCCGGCGCAGAGGGCAAGGGUCUGGUGCGGGCUUCGCUCGGUCAGCUGGACAGCGCGCCGACGUGGCUCAGAGCCUGGGUGGCGGACAAGGCGCGACAGAUGUACUGGGAUGGCAACGAAAUGGAUGCUUUGCACGAAAGUGUCGCCGGGAAACUGGCUGCUGCCCAUCCUCCAGGGGAUCUGGACCGCGACAUUCACUCGCAGCUGAUGUACGCCGCGAUGUUGCUUGCCCGUACGAAGCAAUGUCAGGCUAUGCUUGUGGCGACAAACAUAUCACCAGAGCUGCGGGAGCGGCUGGAGGCAGAGGCACAGACUCGAUCGGUAGAGCUGCUCAUCAAGGUGCGAUCGAUUGCAGAGCACUCGCUGCUGCGCGCAUUCGAGCCGCACAUUCUCAAGCCGAACUACGAGAAUGUGAUCGGCAGCGAGAAGGACACACACGACAUCAAGUACUCACCUGUCUCGUCAGAAGCGAGUUGGAACAGGUGGCUCGUUGCGUCCAGGUUGCGCUUUGCUGGCGACACGCCGGCUGAUGCAGUCACCAUCGAUGACAAUUCACUGGCGAAUGUGUACCGCGAGCUGCUGAACCAUAUGCGGCGGCUGAUGCCCCUUGAACUCGCAGGUGGGAACCCGGCUGACGAGUGGCUGUUCUUUGCGGCGCUGGUGUCGAACCAGGCCAAGCACGAGAACGUGGUGGGCAUUGUCAAGGCUGUUGGUGAUGACCUCAUGCUUCAGGCUACUCCGCGCGAGAUUGGGCGGCUGUCGUUUGUGCUCAAUGGCUCUGCUGCCACCAAAGAGGCUAGUGCGGCGAUGUUCAACCAGAUGCAAGAGGAUGGCCUGAUCUCGAGGAAAGGCGAGCCGAUGGUCGACAGCGUACCGCCUGCUCUGACGGGAUCGCCUGAGGGCCAAAUGCUUGAGGCCGUGCUGGCGCGGCGCGCGCACCGGCCACCGGCACACGGCCCGGCGUUCGGGCGCCCUCUGGUAGCUCUGCUGCGUGCUGCUGUGGCCGGUGCCGAUGCGCUGGCGCGCACCUGCUUUGCAGUUCAUCGGGACUACUUUACGCUACCGCGACCUGUGGCUGGAAUGCCCGCGCUGUCGGAUGAGUGGACCCUGCAUCCCAAGCAGCUGUCCCCGUACAUGGCCGAGUACAAGUUCGAGCUUAGUGGUGGUAAGGACGUGACUCAGCUGAGGGCCGCGGCGCGUAGGCUCCGGAAAACCCGGCCGCGAUUCUCCGAAGUCGAACUCAGGGUCGUGGAUGGCACGUUUGCUCGGCUUCUUGUGCAGUCGACAACGUUUGGGCUACUGCAAGACCUGUACGACGAGCUGGAAUCUUGUAUUGAUGCCGCCGGGGCGUCGUCGUGACGCUAGCCAUAAA